GAUGAUGUGGGCGUAUCUCUGGUGGAAGGCAUUGGAACGCUGCCGGCCAGCGCUGAAUGGGUGGAACGUGCUCGACCUCACAUGCAGGUGCUGAUGUCCAUGGUGAGCACAGAUAUGGACAGUGCGCUAGCGCUCGGAUCGUCCUGGUGGCAGCUGCGCAUGAAGCUGGAGUUCCAAUCUGCCCUUGGGGAGGAGGUUUCCAUGCCCGAAGUCACUGCAGAAGAGCUGUUGAUGCCAAACUGGUGGCGUCAAAGCAUGGAACGCCUGCGGGACUCCAAAAGUGCUGCGGAAGAGAAGGUGUCACUGGCGCUCUGUCGCGGCAUGGAGGUUCUCAACGACGUUUUGUGCCUUCGCGGGGCAGAGGCUGCCUUGGCCAAGCAUGGCUUGGCGGAGGCAAUCUGGUCGCUGGUCAUGGGACAGGACCUAAAACGCCUGGGCCUACAGAAGCUUCCGCAGAGAUGUUCGAAGGCCUUGCUUCGAUGGCUCCACACGGAUCAGGUGAAGAAGGUCUUGAUGAGACAGACCUUGCAGCCACAGACCUUGCAGAUGUACAUGAACUUUCUGGAGGACGUCGAGGAGUUGGUGCGGGAAGCCCAGGAUGGCGACGUGGCGAAGGUAGAAAGCCUGAAGGGCACCGUGGAAGUCUUGCACGCUGCAGCACGCUUGCGCGGGACAAUCUCCAACUAUGCCAUGAGCUUGGUGGGUUUGGAGCAACCAGCAGCAGCUCCUGCCGCGUUGGCCACGCUUUUCACUCGCAACAAGUCCGCUGCCAUCUUUGCCGCGAAGGUGCUCCGUCGACUGGGCGGCGACCAAGAGCUUUGCCGUGUUGCCUGGAACAAACGAGGCGCCUUGCCUUGGUUUCCCUUGGACCCUUCGCGGCUGCCAAUCCUCGCCAACGAUCUUCCGGAUCCUUUCGUAAGAUUGAUCCCAAGCGAUAGGUCUUUGGAAAGGUAUAUGGCAAUUUGCAGCGCCUGCGGGCUGUGCGCAAGCUCGCCUCAAAACCUGGAUGCUUUCAAGAAGGCCGUGGAUAUUGAGUGCAAAAACAUCAACCGCCGCAGUGCUGUGGUUUUGAGCUGCAUUGCCUCCAGAGUACUGUUGAACCGACAGGUGGCGGUUCCAGAGGGUUUGGAAGCCUUGAGAGGGUGGAUCUCCGAAAGCUUCGUGGUGGAGGCCCACAACAACAAGAGGAGCCGGCAGAUGAUUAUCGACAGGAUGUUUUCAGACGCUUUGCUGCCACAUCUGGAGGACACCAACUCGGAAGAGCUCCAAGAUGCACCGCCCAGGAAAUUCCUGGAGCAGCUGGCCCUGAUGCUCUGCAUUUUGCUGAUAGAGUCGCAGACCAGCUCCUGGUUGGAGGCGGUGAUGACCAGUCCGCGCGAAGCCAAGAAACUCUUCUGGCCCACGAUGCCGGACAGUGAGGAGGCAGCUGUGAUUGGUGCCAUGGGAUAUGUCGGCUGGUACACCUGUCCGAACGGCCACCCCUACUCCGUGGGCGAGUGCACUCGGCCCAUGCAGCAGGGCCGUUGCCCGGUGGUGGGCUGCGGGGCGGCCAUCGGCGGCGAGUCGCAUGUGAACGUGAGUGGCGUCAAGUCAGUGAAGCAGGAGAUGUUGACCCGUAAAUCCCAGCCUGGCUUCAUGGCGGCCACCAGUGAGCUCUUGGAUCAGACCAUUGUGAAUCAGUUCAAUCGCCAGCUGAACAUGCGCGGCUUGAAAUCCUUGCGCUUGGUGGUGUACAUCUCCUUAUGGGUGAGCCUUGGUGGCGACCAAGCAGACGUCGCCGCAUCCACGGUGAAGCCCGGCGGCGCAGCCAACGUGAGGAGUGCGGCUGAGUAUCUCUACGGCCAGAUUUGCGAGGCCUGGAAGGAGCUGCUGCAGCGCACGCGGCUUCCGAGCCGCGAGUUGUGUGCGUGGCUUCACCUGGCGAUCCUCGGGACGCCGAACCUGGUGGUGCGAAAAUUGAAUACUGAAGCUGAUCGGUUGAAAUACGAGGAAGAAUUUCAGAUUGCCACCGAGCAAGCAAUGUUCAACGGCAUGACUGGGGAGGCGCGGAAGUCCAUGGACGUGGGCACCGACUACACCGCGGCGGCCUCUGCAGGCUUCGGCGCGGACUGGAAGGAGCUCUGCGAUGGUUGGGACAAGUCCGUCUACGAGCAGAUGGAGACAGCUUUGCCACGGGUGAUGUGGUCGGGUCGAGCACCGAUCCUUCUCGAGGAGUUUGAGGAAAGUUUUCUGGCACGUGCAGAAAAUCGAGUGCAUUAUCCUUUGCUGAAGGUCGUGCUGAAGGAGAAGAGGCGUUUGGGUGCCUUGAAGGCAUUGCCACGGCUGCUGGCAUGGCACGCUAUACUCUUUGAGGCCUUUGAUGAUUAUGGCAUCACCCGAGAAGACGCCCGGCAGUUCACCAACCGCCAAGUCAUCGAAAGGCUGCCGGAGCAUCGCCAAGGCCAGGCUGCCGAGGUGCUGCGUCGCUUCUGCCAGGCCUUCAACGACGCCUUUCCGUUGGUGGAACGACUAUUUGAGUGCGAAGCGAAUCCGUUCCUUUUGAAUGGAGAGGUGAACUUGCCUGGGCCAAUGAGCGAAGAGACACCUGUGAUCUUCUCGCUGCCAUACGUGGCCCAAGCAGGUGAGACUGAGGCGCCAUCUUUGUGCACUGUGCAGUUGGCGAACGUCCUUCAGGGCGCUCAAAACGAGCUGGUGGAGGCCUUGGACUCGUUGGACACCGGCGACGCCGCCAGAGCCGAUGGCGCCAUCACCGUCUCGGCGGCCACGGCGCCCGAAGCAUGCGAUGCCUUGCUGGCCUCCCUCGACUUGCAGACAGAUUUGCUGCCACUGCUUCAUGAACACCGGCGUGAAAUGCAUGGCUUGGACUAUGACUUAGAAAGCCUCGAGGCUGCUUUGGUAAGGCGUUUGCGCGGCGCAUCGCGAAUUCAGGUGCAAUUGCGUCACGUGCGCUUCGGCGGCGAGCUGAAGGACUCGGGACGCCUCGCGGUGCUACGGCAGAAGUUGCCACAAGAAGCCUUGCCUUUUGGAAUGGUGGAAGAGCUGCGUCGCGAGCUUUCCCGGCACGAAGAGGUGGAAGCCACCCGCGCAUUGCGCGCGCUGUUGGAGGACAGUAUCCACCUCUGUUUAUCUCUGCCCUUUGGGGACAGUGCAGCGGCCCAGAGAUCGUUGGCAGAGUUGCUGAGCACUUCGGGAGAAAGUGAGACCAAGGUGCUGCCAUCAGCCCUGAAAGAUGCCAAAUUGUGCCAUUUGCAAGAGCUGUAUAUGGAUCUGGUACGCUCCAAUGAAGCGGGAGAUCCCCUGGCGGGAGUGGCACUUGCCUACCAGGAGCCUCUGGAUGAUGAGUUGUUAGCACAGCUGCGGGUGGCAGCCAAGGAUUUGAAAGAAUGGCUGCCGGUACUCCACGAUUUGCUGGCAGAACAGCUGGUGGUGGACAGAUUUCCCGCAGGUAGUUCGCUGAAGGAUUUUCUGGGCUUCGCAGCAGGUGAAGAUCCACCGGAGAACUUCCCUGACGAACUUGAGCUGCGACACGCCUUGAAUGUGCACCGGACUCUGGCAGAGCUGGAAGUGUGA